UAAUAAAUUUGAUGAAGAAUCUGACGAUGAAGGAAUUAGUUUUGACAAAUUUGAUCAAGAUGAAAUUACUCGUGUGUUUGAAGAAGUUGAGAUUAGUGACGAUGAAAUUGAAACAGUUAAUUUGAUGUAA